AUGGACUUCUCGGUGAUUGCUGUUGGAGAUAUACAAAAUGUGCUCUCAUCUAUGCAGAAGAACUUGGAGUGCCCAAUAUGCUUGGAUGUGAUAAAAGAGCCAGUUUCAACAAAAUGUGAUCACAUAUUCUGCAGGUUCUGCAUGUUCAAACUCCUCAGCAAAAAGAAAAAAGGUGUGAUACAGUGUCCCCUGUGUAAGACUGAAGUUACCCAGAGGAGUCUGAAAGAAAAUUCCAGGUUUAAGCAACUAAUUGAAGGAUUGUUGGAAACCAUCCAUGCGUUUGAGCUUGACACUGGAUUAAAGUUUUUACACAGUCAUCACUUUCCUAAAACACCCACAGAAGCCACUGCUGCUGAGUUCCCGUGUACAGGAAGUUCUGUCAUCCAAAGUAAGGGCUUCAGAAACAGGGAGAAAAGUGCUAAAGAAAAUGGACAAGAAAACUGCACCUUGGACGCUAAUGGGAAUAUACAGCUUACAGAUACCAGGGUAAAAAGGUGUCCUGUAAAAAACAAAACCCAGAAAUGCGACUCUGAAAAAGGGAUUUAUAUAGAGUUUGGCUCUGAUUCAUCUGAAGAGCUUUUUAAACAGGCAAGCAAUACUGGAUUAGAAGACAGAGAAGCACUUCAGAUUUUGUCUCCAGAAAAGCCGGAAGAACUUCAGAGUGCUGAGAAGGGAAAUGAAUAUUCUUGCAAUACACAACCUGACAAGCUGGGUGCUGAAGAAAUAAUUCUGCCAAAUGUCAUAGGUGAAAGUGAUUUCUCGAAGAAAGGCUUAAGCAAGAAGAGCACUCAGAGCAUCACUGAAUAUGCCAAACCUGACCAAAUGGAUGUGACUGAAUACCAGAGUUCUCCUUUAAAUUUUCUUUCUGAAGACCUACUCACCGAGCAGAGUGACAGAAUAGGUAAUGCCAGUCCUGUAAGGAAUGGGGUCACAUCUUUUUUCAAGAGUGCAGAAGAAAUGGAUGCAGAGCAAACUCAGUGCAAUAGCAAAAGCAAAGUGUUUGACUUUAAAGAUAGCUCAGAGAGCAAGUUGGAUAAAACCAAGGAAAUAAAUACUGUUGUACAAAGUGUGGAAAUGUAUGAACCUGAGAAUGAUUCUUUCCAUGAAGAACUUCCUCAGGAGAAAUUACUUCAGCCAGAGACACUUCACUGUGCUACCCCGAAUCAAGUUUCUAGAAAGAAACUGAAGCGAAGCAUUCAGAAAGUCAAUGAAUGGUUUUCAAAAAGCAAUGAGAUUCUGUCUUCCAGUUCUUCCCAGGAUGAUUCUGCUGGAGCAAUUUUUGUUUCAGGUGAAGGAGGUACAUCUUCAUCUGAUAAAGAUUCCUGUAUUUCAGAAAAGACUGACCCUAUGGUAGAUUCCAUGGAAAUUAGAGUGAUUGAAGGAAACAAGAGAUGGUCAAAACAAACAGCAGAUAGCAUCAAAGACAAAAUAUUUGGGAAAACAUACAAAAGAGAGAGGAAGUCAAAUCCCCCUAUUAUCCUGAGAGACAUUUUACCUGCUCCAGAAAAGGAAGAUGCUGAUAAGAAGUGCUUGAAUAAUUCCAGCAAAGAUGGACUAAAACGAAAAAGGAAGACUGCCCGUGUCCUGCAACCUGAGGAUUUCAUCAAGAAAAAAGAUACAGAAGAGGCAGAUGGGUGCCCUCAGAAUGUUAACUGGUGUCUUAGAGAUGCUGAAGAUAAAAGAUAUGAUGAAAGUUCUGCUGUUAAUGAGAGUCAUCUCUCUGAGAACAGAGAGGAUAAUACACUUGCAGAACUUGAGGGAGGAGGAAGAUCCAUAUGGAAAAAGGCUACUGAAAAGGUGACUGGCAAGCACUGUGAUGGGGAGCUAGAACUGAAUAACUGUGAUCAGAAAAGCACUAAAAAAAGAUCUGCUGCAAAAAGAUGCAGGCGUUCCACUAGAGCCAUGUGUGCUCUACAGUUCGUGGAUAGAAACUCUAUCUCCCCUGAUCCAGCUGAGCCACAGAUUGAUAGCUAUCCAAGCAGUGAAGAACCAAGGAAAGCUGCUUCUGAGCAAAGACAAGUCAGACGCAGCAGGAGGCUUCAGUUACUUGCUGAAGACAUGACAAAAGACACAGGAAAAGGUGUAGUAAUUAAGGGAGCAAGAAAGUGUGACAGUGAUCAUGAAGAGUCUCUCUUUGGAGUCCAAAGGAAUGUGUUAGUUCACACUUCUGAAUGCAAAGACCUGUGUGAGCCCCAGGGUAUGUUGAGUUGCAAGCCACUUGCUAAUCUAAAGGAUGGUGACCUGGAAGCAAAUGAAAUGCAGAUUAGUCCAAAGAAUUCAUCUGACACUGCAGAAACUGGAAAAAGUCCCUUCAAUCCCACAUCUUCAUGUCAGCAUUUAAGUUGUAGUUCCUUUUCCCCUGAUGCAAGUUCUCAAGAAGGUGAAAUACUAGCUAGCCCUUUCUUCCUACAGUCUCCUUCAGUGACUGUUGUGCCAACUACUUCCCACCUGACUGCAGAGAUGACUGAAUCAUGUACUGCUUUUCCCCAGGAUAGUGGACACGAUACACAAAAUGUUCCAGGGGACUUCAGAACUGAAAACUUGCCAAUGGCUAAAAAUGCUUCAGAAUUGAGCAAGGAAGCUGAAGAUAGUGAGUUAGACACACAGUAUCUCCGAAACAUAUUUAGGCAUUCAAAACGCCUAUCCUUUAGCCUUUUUCCUCCUUCCACAAAGGCACGUGCAGGAGAAGAUGCUGCUUCUGAAACUUUAAAGAUAUCAUGUGCUGACGAGGUAGAAAAUAAGCACAGCAAAUAUUUAAAACCAGAAAACUUACAAGAAGAGAAAACAACUGCUGAGAGCUUGAGUAGGGUUUGUGAGAAAGAGAAGCUUCUGACUCACGAAUCUGCUUGUGUUAGUCCUGUGACUCGCUUUGUUGGCAACACUGAAUGUAUGCACACAGGGGAGCAUCAAGAAGAUGUUUCACAGGUUGCAAAUCAAGGGAAUCUGACACCAAUAAGAAUGGAUACUGCUAGGACUGAAGACAAAAACAGAUUGCAGAAAGGAAAGCAGGGGACAGAAAAGACGGUGUCAACUGACAUAGGGAUAGAAAGUGAGUUGAGACAGAAUCCAGUCAAAAGUAAUACACGCCAAAGUCAUCAGAGUGAUACAGAAGAGCAUGUUUUCAAAAGAACUGAAUUAAACAGAGUUGAAGUAUGCUUCAGUUCAGAAAGCAAUCAAGCAGGAAAGGCCGAAGUUGUUGAUGGCAAAGGACCAAUACUACAUUUUCAGUCCAGAUCAAUGAUUUGUCCUACAACUUGUCAGCAAAGGGCUGCUGAAUUCAGCUGUGAAGUCACUGGGAAAAAAAGUGCCAAAAGAAAACGAGUAAAGGGGAAGGAAGAGCAAGCAACCCAAACUGCUAGCACAGGGAUGCCUGAGUGUUUAGUUACAGAAGCCAUAGAAGAACCUCUUAAAGGGAAUAGUGAUUUGACAGGUUUGUCUGAAACCCCUGAUGGCUUAUUGUGCUCUGAUGAUGAUAUUGAAGAGAACACCAGCUUUUCUGAAACUGAUAGGAGAGAGAGGUCUGCUGUGUUUGUAAGAAGUGACAAUGCCCUGGUAAAAGAACAACACAAUAGCAAUAUUAGUUCUAAGCCAGGCUCUCAGGGUAUUCAAAGAUCUCGAAGAAAAGCGCAGAAACUGCAAUCUUCAGAUGAAGAAUCUAGUGAAGAUGAAGAUUUACCAUGUUUUCAGACGUUAAUAUUUGGCAAAUCAGUAAGCACACCUUUGCAGAUCAAUAAACAAGUGACAUCUGUGAUAGAGUCUUCAGUAACUCCCAUCACUUUGCCUCACAGUGGGAGUCAUGAUGACAAUAAUAUGCAGAAAAUGCCUGAAGCUUCCCUAAGUAAUGGGUGUGUUUCACCAAGUCAGGAGUCAGAAUGCUCUGUCAACUUAUUUUCUUCCCAGUCCAAUGUGUCUGAAGAAUCAGUUGACGGAGCACAAGAGCUGAAGAAAUCUUUAAUACAAGUUCAUAGAUCCAAACAAGUGAGCAAUGUAAUUGAGACUAAAGAGACUUUUCAAAGUUCUAAUGGAGGGCUGAAGAGAUGCAAAGCUAACUUCAAAGAUGAAUCCCAAGAAGACCCAAACACAGGAGCAAACCUAGGUGAAGCAUCUGGAUAUGACAGUGAAACAAGUGUUGUAGAAGAUUCAUGUGGACCAUUCUCUCAGGGUGAAAUCCUUACUACACAGCAGAAGAAUGCUAUGCAAAAUAACCUCAAAAAACUUCAACAAGAAAUGGCUGUACUUGAAGCAAUGCUAAAGCAGCAUGGAAGUCAGGACCCUGAACUUAUACCUAUCCAUAGGAAACUGCCACACUCUAGUAGUGAAGAAACACUUGGAAUGGAACAAAUUAGUCAGGAAAGAGAAAACACAGAUGAGCAGAAAUCUGGGACUGAGCUAAACAGUACUUCUGUCUUACCAAAUCUCUCUGGAAAUGUGACAAGGAGUCCAAAUAACUCUUCUUCCUCUGUAAGGCUUCUUAACCCUCAGAUGGCAGAAGCAACAGAUAGUUCUGUGGUAGCUCUGAAUGCCAAUAGAAGCAGUACUCAAGAACGUACAUCGAAGAGAAGUGCGUGUUUUCCUACAUCUGUUCUGCACAAUGCAGCUGGGAAAGAAAAUUCUACAAGUCCAGCUGUGACUAACAGGAAAGAAAUGUCAAUUGUGGCAUCAGGGCUGAGUCAAAGUGAACAUUUGAUGGUCCAGAAGUUUGCAAGAAAAACUCAGAGCACUUUGUCUCAUCACAUUACUGAAGGAACAACCCAUGUCAUAAUGAAAACAGAUAAGGAGCUGGUGUGUGAACGGACACUGAAGUACUUUCUGGGUAUUGCAGGAAGAAAAUGGGUAGUUAGUUAUCAGUGGGUAAUUCAGUCUUUUAAAGAGGGAAGGAUACUGGAUGAGGAGAGCUUUGAAGUUAGAGGAGAUGUAAUCAAUGGGAGAAACCACCAAGGUCCUAAGAGGGCUAGACAGUCGCUGACUGAAAAGAUCUUCAAAGACUUUGAGAUCUGCUGCUAUGGACCUUUCACUGAUAUGACUACAGAACACCUAGAAUGGAUGGUGGAGCUCUGUGGUGCCUCUGUAGUGAAGCAACUUCAUCUGUUCACACACAGAACAAAUUCUACUGCUGUCGUGGUUGUGCAGCCAGAUGCUUGGAUGGAAAACACAGAUUAUAGAGCAAUCCAGCAAAAGAACAAUGUUGCCAUGGUGACUCGAGAGUGGGUAUUAGACAGUGUUGCUUGCUAUGAGUGCCAGGAGUUGGGUGCUUACCUUGUGUCCUGA